AUGUACAACGAGAGCUGCCCGCAGGCUGGAUCUCCCCCGGGGCUUGCCGUCAUGGAUUACAACAACGACACAUGGCUGGAUUACCCGCUGCACCUCUUCCCCGCGCCGCUGCUUACCGGCGUCACCAUCAUCUGUGUGCUGCUCUUUGUGGUUGGCAUUCUGGGAAACCUGAUGACGAUGCUGGUGGUUUCCAAGUUCCGGGACAUGAGGACUACCACCAAUCUUUACCUUUCCAGCAUGGCUUUCUCGGACUUGCUGAUCUUUCUCUGCAUGCCCCUGGACCUCUUCCGCCUCUGGCAGUACAGGCCUUGGAAUUUCGGGGACCUUCUGUGCAAGCUCUUCCAGUUUGUCAGCGAGUGUUGCACCUACUCCACCAUCCUGAACAUCACCGCCUUGAGCGUGGAGAGGUAUUUCGCCGUCUGCUUUCCGCUCAGGGCCAAAGUGGUGAUCACCAAAGGCAAAGUCAAACUGGUCAUCCUCGUGCUGUGGGUGGUGUCUUUCGUCACCGCCGGCCCUAUCUUCGUCUUGGUUGGGGUCGAGCAUGAGAAUGGGACGAAUCCCUCGGAGACCAAUGAAUGCCGGGCCACCGAGUACGCGAUCCAGUCGGGGCUCCUGACCAUCAUGGUGUGGACUUCUAGUGUCUUUUUUUUCUUGCCUGUAUUUUGCUUGACUGUCCUGUACAGCCUGAUUGUGAGGAAGCUCUGGCGGAGAAAAAAGAAGGACAUUGGACCAAAGACUUCUGUCAGGGACAAAAACAAUACGCAAACAGUGAAAAUGUUAGUUGUGGUGGUCUUUGCCUUCGUACUCUGCUGGUUGCCUUUCCACUUAGGACGUUACCUUUUUUCCAAAUCCUUCGAGGCCGGAUCCUUGGAGAUAGCCGUCAUCAGCCAGUACUGUAACUUGGUCUCCUUUGUUCUUUUCUACCUGAGCGCCGCCAUCAACCCGAUCCUGUACAACAUCAUGUCCAGGAAAUACCGGAUAGCGGCUUACCGGCUCUUUGGACUCAAGCCGUUCGUGACUAAAAGACUUUCAGAACGCAAGGAGGGUGGCUCUCGCACAUGGACAGAAUCCAGCAUCCGAGCGACAUGA